AUGAUGCUUCAUCUGAGGACGAGCCUGUAUUCAGUGAUGAUGAGAAGGAAGAGAGAAUAUCGCAAACAGAAGGCGGCUUCAGCAAAGCGUCCAGAAGAUCAAGGGCAACGGCGAGGUCAAAAACGUAAAGUUCAAUUCUCUGACUCGACCACCGAGCGAGGACGGGGAGGAGACCGAGGACAUCGUGGGCGAGGCUCGGGACGAGGCGGGUCAUGGAACUGGCAUAGCGCACGUGGUGGUCAUCCAGGAAACCGAGGUCAGAGUUCUCCUCGAGGAAGAGGACGCGGGAGGAACCCGGCACAAAACCAAACUCCGGGCACGAAUACUAACAACCCGUAUGCAGAAUACGGCUGCUACGGUCCCUCACCAUUUGUCGAUACAAGGCAACUUUGA